CGUUCGACAAAUGAGCCGAUCGAUGACAUAUUCUGCUUUCUAUUCAUGACGCAUUGUGCCCGCAUGCGCUAAUGCCGCUAAGGUUUAAAGCCGCUGCCACCCUGUUCAAAGACAACAUGGACGCCCCGUUUUGAGGUUCGGACGGAACUUCGGAAUCUGGUGACUUUUUCAAUACUGUCGAAAAAACACAACAAACACGAUGGAUCUCUAACGCAGGCAUUACGCAGAAUUCCAGGAAUUUAAAGGACACACCCACAAUGUCAUCCAAGAGCGAGCUGACGAAGCUCUCCGAGGAGAGCUUGACCCGGCAGCCCGAGGAGGUGUUCGACAUAAUAUGCAAACUGGGAGAAGGGUCGUACGGCAGCGUGUACAAAGCCCUGCACAAGGAGUCAGGGCAGGUGCUGGCUAUCAAGCAGGUGCCAGUCGACACGGACCUGCAGGAGAUCAUCAAGGAGAUCUCCAUCAUGCAACAGUGCGACAGCCCUUAUGUUGUGAAGUACUAUGGGUCAUACUUCAAGAACACUGACCUCUGGAUUGUCAUGGAGUAUUGUGGAGCAGGUUCAGUAUCAGACAUUAUGAGGCUGCGAAAGAAGACCCUGACUGAAGAUGAAAUUGCCACAAUUUUAUCUGACACUCUAAAAGGCCUCGAGUACCUCCAUUUGAGACGGAAAAUUCACAGGGACAUCAAGGCUGGCAAUAUUCUUCUUAACACAGAAGGUCAUGCAAAACUAGCAGAUUUUGGUGUAGCAGGACAACUAACUGACACCAUGGCCAAGAGAAAUACUGUAAUAGGAACACCCUUCUGGAUGGCACCAGAAGUAAUUCAGGAAAUAGGAUAUGAUUGUAUGGCAGAUAUGUGGAGUUUAGGUAUAACAGGUCUUGAAAUGGCAGAAGGAAAGCCACCUUACGGUGACAUUCAUCCAAUGCGCGCAAUAUUUAUGAUACCAACAAAACCUCCCCCAUCAUUCAGAAAACCAGAUCAAUGGUCUCCUGAAUUUAUCGACUUUGUGAGUCGAUGUUUAGUUAAAAACCCAGAAGAAAGAGCAACAGCAAGUGAACUACUACAGCACCAGUUCAUAGAAGGUAAUGCCAAACCUCCAACAAUUCUGAGCCAAAUGAUUGUGGAGGCAAGAGAAAUCCGGGAAAACCAACGGUGCAAAAACAAUGCCAAACAAAAUCACAUAGACAAUAAAUCUGAUGAUGAAGGAAUAAAUAGCAAAACAAUGGUAGCUGGAGACACAGGAACUCUAGUGCCCUAUAGAGAUGCAAUUGAUUCAGGAACGAUGAUUGAAAUGGAUUCGGGAACUCUAGUUCCAGGUGAAUGUGGAACUAUGGUGGAACUGCAAUCAGAUUUAGGAACAAUGGUUAUUAAUAGUGAUACUGAAGAUGAGUCUACAAUGAAGAGGCAUGAUACUGGACCUGGAGAGUCUGGGAAGAAGUACAGGCCUCUUUUUUUAGAUCAUUUUGACAAAAAAGAAGCUGAAAAUGUAAAAUUGCAGAAUAACGGUCAACUGCCUCAAUCACCAUCUCAUAAUAUGGCGACCUAUGACCAGGUAUCUGCUGCAACAACUGAAGUACCUGUACCUCCACAAAGGCUACAAUCUUUAGAUCAACAAAAUCAUCAGAAUAGUGAGAUUAGUGCUCCAGCUCAGUUAUCUGGCGAAGAGAGACAAAGAUUUCAGAGCCACCUUCAGCUUCAGCUCAAUCAAAUUUCAGCAGUCGGUGGGCAGCUGCACCGAGUACCUUCUGAUAACCACAAUCAUGGACCUUGUAUUAAUCAUCAUGAAAAUCAAGCUAAAUUUCAACGUGCCUAUGUUGAUGGAGACUUUGAAUUUCUCAAGUUUCUGAGUUAUGAAGAGCUACAGACGAGAAUGGCAAACCUUGACUCUGAAAUGGAGAGAGAGAUAGAUGAGCUAAGGCGGAGGUAUCAGACCAAGAGGCAGCCAAUUCUUGAUGCUAUGGACCAGAAGAGAAAAAGGCAACAAAAUUUCUGAUGUCAUUUUCCAGUUAACUUCUGUUGUGUCCAUGAGAGAGCUGUGAUGUGUCAUGUGAACAGACUGUGUUCGUAUAUUUACAUAUACAAAUAUAUAUAUAUAUCUAGGAAGUGUAUGGAGGAAAUUGAAAUUCAGUUAUGUUUAUGAAAUGUUUCAGUUUGCCAUAAUUGUGAGUGAAAGUCUUCUUGUUGAGCACUGUAUGACAAUCCAUUGUGUAGUUUGUAUUGAGGCAUUGGGUCUUCAUCCGAAGCAUCAAUGUUCAUUUUUCUAUGCACAUAUUUUUCUUGUUGGUAUUAGUACCUAUUUAUUUGUCAUUUGUUUUUUAAAUUUUGUUUUUGUAAUGGCUAAUGAUCCAUUAAGUCUUGGACUCCAAAAACUAUUACAACAUAACAUAAUCUAUAUUUGCAGAGACUUUGGUGGCUGAUCACCAACCACCCCAAUUAAAAAUGCUUGUUGCGUGCCUUGUUUUUAAAAAAAUAAUAGUCAGCUACUGAUGACAACACUUCUACUUCUGUGUUUUGAACUAUAUUCUUAGGUAAAGUUAACACCCCCUUGUAUUCAGGAUGAUGUUCUCUCUAGUUUCUUAUCUAGUGUUCUAUUUAACCGAUACUGCAUUUAAUGUGGACAAGCAACAAACCUAACUAACAGGAUCUACUUGUGGUUUGCUAUUUAGCAGCCCAUGAUAUCUGCUGAUCUCUUAAUCUUCUUUGCACUUUUAUUUAUUUCUUGUUUGUUGAAUUUUCCACAUCACAUUUACCCUGUCUGAAUUUGCAUUCUCAGUCUUUAGAAGCUAAAAUCACAGUUUAUACAAUCAUGUAACUUGAGUCUCAGUUUUUCAGACUUACGGUAUCUUUGCGAUUGCAUUAUUUGAGAUGGCAAUAGUUUGAAAGCA